GCCAUGCACGCCCAACGCACCCACCCGUAAUUGCUCAAGUCUGUGGCUCUUAAUUCUCCUUGUUUCUCCUUUACGACAGACAUCCGUGCACAGCUCAUUUGUACAUUCCCACCUCCACUAUCAUCUUAGUAGUCAUGGAUUUCGCACCGAGUGUCUUCGCCAAACUCCCCAACGAGGUCCUGCACGAAGUCUUCGGGCACGCCGCAGCACAGGAUAUGCACGCUGCAAUCGCCCUCACACUCGUAGCAUCCUGGGUGAGACAUCUCGUCGAGCCUGUCCUCUACAACACCGUCGUGCUGUCCUCCGCUCGCAGCGUGCAUUCCUUCCUCGAUGCGCUGUCCCACAAACCCGAGAACUUUGGAAACGAGAACGUGAAGCACCUCGGCAUCUUUGCGCAAGGUCCCACAGACGCGAUAGACAAGGUCCUCGACGCAUGCAGGGCUGUCGAUAGUCUCGCAUGUGGAUUCCCGCUCCUAGGCCACCCAAACCCUUAUGGUACCCAUACUGUCCAGACGCUCGAGUGCCCGAAGGAGCAGCACUUGCUCGGGAUGGCUACCCGUGACGGUUGGGAUAUUGGUAUGGUCGGUCCCACCGUCACACACCUUCGCGUGUAUCUGGGCACUCCCAAGCGACUGACUGUCCCUCAAGGCGAACUGAUCGACGCGGCAAGCCUGGAUAGCCUCUCGUACCACCCCUCCCUCACCCAUCUCGCACUCGUGUACAAACCGACCAAGACGCGCCCCAUCACGUCGCUCGUGCCCGCGCUCAAGCGGCUCGUGUCCCCGUCUGAUGGCUCUGCGAGCCCAGACGUGCCACAGCGCCCGAAGCUCGCGCUCGCGCUAGUGCAGGUACUCGGCACGCAAGCCGCACAGGCGUCCGCCGUCGACGCGCUCAACCAGGCUGUGCUCGCCGAGGGCGGUGACGCUCUGCGCAUCGUCGCGGAACGCGCGCCGAGCAGCGCGGCCUGCCAGUGGGAAGACAGCGUCCGCGGCGGGAAGAGCGUCUGGGACAAGGCCGAAGAGGUCGUGCACCACCGGCUUGCCGCUGUGCAACGCACUGCGUGCUAAGGCAGCAAUUUUCUUUCAUCGUUCAAGAUACCCGUUCCGCAUUUGUUACCCCCUUUAGAGUACGCAUACCUUAAUGAGCUCCGCCUGCACGAUCGUCCUCUUAGACUACACCUCAUGCUAUUGCCACCUCUUCCUCGUGUACUGUAUCCUGUGUAUUUGUAUGAUCAGCUAUCUCUUGUCAGGGUUUUUGUAGGGAUUAUAUAAUUUGUUCGCCAC